AUGCUCCUCACAAUGACCAGCCCCGACAAGGCGAGGAGCGAAUUCUACGAGGACAUGCACGCACUCCUGACGACUGUGCCAAAGGCGGAUAAGUUGAUUGUCCUUGGUGACUUCAACUCCCGCGUCGGCAAAGACCUGCCUGGAGAGGAGUGCUGUGUGCCCAUGGUCUCCGACGACAAUGACCUGCUCCUCCUACGAACCUGCGCCGACCACCGGUUCAUCCUGACAAACACAUACUUCUGCGUCCCAAUGCGAGAGAAGGCCACCACCAAGACUGGUCGGAUGACAACGACGCCGCCAUCAGCAACCUGCUCGCCGAGAAGAACCGCCUGCGCAAAGCAUACGUCACCUGCCUGACCGACGACAACAGAGCAGCCUUCUACCGUAGUCGCCGCCUUGUGCAACAGCGGCUGCGGGAGAUACAGGAUCCCUGGACGACUCGCAAGCUCGAGAAGAUUCAAGUGUACGCGGACCGCAACGAAUGGAAGAACUUCUUCUCCCGAUCAAAACUGUCUAUGGUCGGCCAACCAAAGCAACUGCUCCUCUUCUCAGCGCCGACGGGAGUACCGUACUCACCGAGAAGACGCAAAUUGUUCAGCGAUGAGCCGAGUACUUCCGAUGCGUCCUCAACCGUCCCUCCACCAUCUUCGACGCUGGCAUCGUUCGUCUGCUUCAAGUGGAGACCAACGCUGACCGCGACUUUCCGCCCUCUCUCCAAGAAAUCAUCAGUGCCGUGCAGCAACUCUCCAGCGGGAUAG